CGACUCAUAUACUUGCAUCCAGGUGGCUUCGAUGAUGAUAUAUAUUGUACAAUUUACCAUGCCAAUAUCCUGGAAAAGCUGCCUCAAACAGAGUAUACUGCAUUGUCAUACGUAUGGGGCGAUGCUAAACACACAAAACCCAUUCAACUUGGUUACCAUCAAAUUCCGACGAUUACGAAAAAUCUGGAGAAAGCAUUACGACACCUACGAGAUCGUGCUUCAGAGCGCAUACUUUGGGUCGAUGCUAUUUGUAUCAACCAGUCUGAUGAGGAAGAAAAGCUUUCACAAGUACAAUCGAUGGGCGAUGUGUACAGAAAUGCCGUGGAGGUACGGAUCUGGCUAGGUUCUCUCAAAGACGUGCAGGAGGAAGCGAACGAUGAACAAUUUCCGAAUGAACUACAAGCUCUCGGAAUACGGAUCAUAGCUAUGCAACCCUGGUGGCGACGUGUGUGGGUUAUCCAGGAAGCCACACUUCCAAAAGAGGACCCAAUCAUGCAAUGUGGCAAUAUA